AUGUUAAAAAAUCUUUUCACAACAUGUAUCGUCAUUUUAUUUGUCAUUUCAAACUUUCAAAUUGAUGGAAGUUAUACUAGAUUUGUUUACAAUGAUGACGUCAAUGGCAUAAGAGUUUGCGGUUUUCAAUUGUCACAAUUUUUUUCUAAAUGGUGCCAUAAUUAUAAAGUUCAUUUAGAAAAAACUAUUGGUGUUGAAAAUACGAUGAAGAUGAAUUAUAAAAGUUUAAAUAAAAAAAUUGAACCAACAAAUGAUGAACAAAAAUAUUUAUAUGGAAAAUUAACUGAAUUUUGUUGCACUCAUCGUUGUAAUUCAACUACAUUAGAAAAACUUUGUAUUCCAAGACUUAAUAUCUUUUAA